AUGUCUACUCCUCCGACUUCGACAAUCUCGCCACCAAUUUACUAUUGGGGCACGCCCGUCGUACUCAUCACCACCGAGAACGAGGACGGGACUUUCAACAUUGCGCCUAUGUCCUCGGCCUGGUGGCUCGGAAAUCGAUGCAUGCUUGGUCUAGGUGCUGAUUCACAAUCGACCAUCAACCUGAUUAGAACCAAGCAGUGCGUGAUCAACAUGGCUGACGAUACCAUGGUCGGAGCGGUUAAUGCCUUGGCAAUGACUACCGGUUCGAAAGCGGUGACGACGGCCACGGAGGACAUGGGAUACUUGUACUUUAAACGCAACAAAUUUUCACGUGCAGGGUUGACUCCUACGGCUUCCAACGUGGUUCGGCUGCCUCGAAUUGCAGAGUGUCCGGCUCAGAUGGAAGCAGAAUUGAAAGGAGUAUACGACAUGAUGGGUGACAUGGAUAUAAGGGGGUUUAUCUCACUGGAAGUGAUGGUUUUGCAAACGCACGUCCAUGAGAGCAUUCGCUGGGAUGGAUACUCUAACCGAAUUGACCCCGAUAAAUGGCAUCCUUUGAUCAUGAGCUUCGCUCAGUUUUACGGAUUAAAGUACAACAAGACUACCCAGUCUACUAUGGCCCAAAUCGAUGAAGAAGCAUACAGGCCUUUCGCCAAUGCUGUCGACGAGACGACAACAAUGGAAGAGGUAUAA